UUCGCCGCCAUUUUGACAUUUGUUUGGCUUUGUUUUAUGAUACAAAUGGUGUUUAUUUAUAUUGUGACUAGUUUUUUCGUGAAAUAAUAUAUUUUAUUCUGAUUCUGUUCAUAUAUAACUUAAAUUGGUUCCGGUUCUUAACAAUCAGAAAUGUAAAGUGCAGUUCUAGCGCAUAGAUCAAUAACGAUUUGGAGCCGCUUUUUUAUUUUCAAUGUAAGCCUUAAAUUUUUCAUUUUGUAAAUGUAUCUUGAUUCUUGUUGAAAUAGUAUUACAAUUUAUGUCAAUAUUGAUAACAUGCUUAAAAAACAUAGGCAUAAAUCAUCAGUUAUUAGUUUGGUAAAAAAGGCGCCAAUUUAUUUGCCGCGAUUUUUUUGUGUUUCAACUUUCAACCAAACGUAAUAGAAAAUAAACACAUUUAUUAUGUAAAUUUUGUGAAAUACAAACUUACCUUUAUAAUAGCAUUAUAAAUGUGUGGAUUGAAGUUGGAUUUUCUAAUGGUGAAGUGUGCAUGAUAAGUACAGUUUCAAAACUGCAAUGCGGCUAAGAACCAGAAAGAGGGAGCGACCGCUCUCAGCGAGGAAUCAACAAGUAAAAAAUUUAAAACAAAAAUCUCUUAAGAAGCAAAUAAACAAAUCAAAGCCUACCUGGGAGAAACUGCUGACAAGGGAGAAUGGUAUUUCUUCCUCCUCAUUGCUCUGUAUUACAAGAUCACAAAAGAAUUUACACCUAAAGACGAGGCCAGUUAGAACAACAAAAAUUAAAAUGGAAAAACAAGUUGAAGCUUCUAACAAAAAACUCAAGCACAAAGAAGAGAGCACAAAGAAACCAAUUUUUCAAACUGUGGUACGUAGCAGCACCAAGGAUGGGGUAUCAUCUACAACCAAGCCAAAAUCCAGUGAUAAAAUGGCUUUAAAAUCUAAAGUCAAAGAUGUUCAUCUAUCUAAAAAUAUACAAUUACGACAGAGCUCCCUUAAUAGGGAACUACGCAAAACUGAAUCCGUGUCAACUGCACUAAGCUCUCCACGCAAAACGAGGCGCAUGGAUAAGACACAGUCUGCAUCUUUAAACAGUUCUCCAAUUCGUAAAGUUCGGCAACUCGGUCUUCAAUCGCAGAAAGUCAAUAAAGUAAGCUCAACCAAUGAGAGUCCUAAAAAGAAAUGCAAGUCUAAGGUGCCAGUUGCGAGUACAACCAAUAUAGAUGAUGAUGUGACUAUGUAUGAACCUCACACCACUACAUUUGACUUGCCCACUCCGAAGGUGGACUCUGAUAGUGAGAGUCAAGUGGAGUCGUCAGAUUUAUGCCUUCCUAAUGACUGCCUGAAUGACUUUAUAGCGAUUGCGGAAUGUGCUCGAAUUCUUAAUCAACAGCUGUCACCAAAUGAGGAGGAUAUUAAUUUGCUGGCCGACAAAGCAGCUCGGAUCAUGACAACUGAUAGAGAUGAGGGUAAAUCUUCUAGAAAGAAUUCCAUGGACAAAAGGUUACCGAAACGAAGGAAGUCGAGCAAUGACUUAGAGAUGUAUCAGCCUACGUCUACUACUGAUGAUCUGGAUACUUGCACUGAGUUUUUGAACACAGCAGAGAAAUAUGUUCAGCCCGACUUUGUAUCAAUGCUGGAACAAGACAGCUACGUCCGUGAUCCGGAAUGUGAAAUAUCUUCAACCUGUGGGGACACUCAAGGGACUGCUAUAGAAAGCCUGGAGGCACUGUCGGCAAGGAGCCCCAGUACUGGGUUUCUAGCUGAAAUCAGCCAGAGUCUUGCGUCAGAAGCUGCAGGAUGGAGUGCUGAAGAUAUAGUGGGAGAUGAAAAUUCUCUGACAUGUCAUGAUGAGGUGCAGCCUGAUAUUGAGGAAGAAGCAGUAGAUGUGAUAUCGUCUUGCAGCAACAGAGUGGACUGUGAACAGAUCACGUCGUGGGCGGACGCCUUCGAUCCAUAUUUGUUCAUAAAGCAGUUGCCGCCAUUAGAGACAGUAUGUGGGGGCGCGUUGCGGGCGCGCUACCCGGCGCUGCCUCUCAAGACCCGCACGAGUCCAGAUUUCAGCCUUGUGCUGGAUCUGGAUGAGACAUUAGUGCACUGCUCAUUACAAGAACUUCCAGAUGCGAGCUUCCACUUCCCAGUGCUGUUUCAAGACUGUAGAUACACGGUGUUCGUCCGCACGCGGCCACACUUCGCGGAGUUCCUGUCGCGCGUGUCUCGGCUGUACGAGGUGAUACUGUUCACGGCCAGCAAGCGCGUCUACGCCGACCGCCUGCUCAACCUGCUCGACCCGCGUCGCCGCUGGAUCAAGUACAGAUUGUUCCGCGAGCACUGUCUACUCGUUAACGGUAACUACGUGAAGGAUCUUUCGAUACUGGGCCGAGACCUGCGCAAAACUGUCAUCGUCGACAACAGUCCACAGGCAUUUGGUUAUCAGCUGGAGAACGGGAUCCCCAUAGACAGCUGGUUCGUCGACCGCAGCGACAACGAGCUGCUGAAGUUGCUGCCCUUCCUGGAGCAUCUGGCUACUAAAGAUGAUGUCCGGCCGUACAUUCGAGACAAGUACAAGCUGUUCAGCUACCUGCCGCCCGACUAAACGUGCACCUUCGAACACACACGGUUUUAUGUAUGUAUGUCACGUCAGAACCGUGAGACGCGGAACUUCAUACAUUACUGUGUGUGUCAAUAUGAAGUUAGUGACUCUUCUCAUGGCUCUGACCGUAGUCUCAGUCUUCCUUGGGGACUAUAUUCUGUCUUUGAGCAAUAUGCUACAAUAAAUUGUGAUCGGUGGAAAUUUA